AUGUCAACUGCUUUGAAUUCUUAUAGGACUGCUUUGAGAGCUGCAAAGUUAGCAUUUCACGGUGAUGUGCCCGUCUUGUCGGCUGCCAAAAUAAAGAUUAGAGAAGGAUUUGAACAAAAUAGAAAACUUGAAGAUGAAGCUGAAAUCAAGGACGCUAUAGACAAAAUGAAUGAAGUGAGCAAGUUCUUGGUACAGAAUAUUGUUCAGGGAGAGCAGCAGCAGGAUGGUAAAUAUUUUUUGAACUUCCAUGAGAAAACCGAGUUGGGUGAUAAUGAAAGUGUUAAAGAAUCACACAGAGCCAAGAUGGGCUCUUUAGCGGGCACAAAGGUCAAAAAAUGUAGUGAUGUUAGAAAGUGA